CAGAGACAUUCGUUAUCAUAUCCUCUACAGACGACCAGAAGUGCAGCUUAUCGAGAGUGCAGAGGCCAUGAUGCUUGGGAGCUUGCUGUUUGCUGUGUGUUGUAGCGCAGCACUGGCCCAUUUCAACACAAAUCUAGACCAGAACUGGGAGUUGUGGAAGAAGACACAUAACAAGUUUUAUUCCAGUAAGGAUGAGGAACUGGGCAGGAGGGAGUUGUGGGAGAGAAACCUUGAACUUAUCACCAUUCACAACCUGGAGGCCUCCAUGGGCCUGCAUUCAUACGACCUGAGCAUGAACCACAUGGGUGACAUGACAACAGAGGAGAUUCUGCAGUUAUUGGCCACAACUCGCAUCCCUCCUGACUUUAAGAGGCAAACAGCAGAAUUUGUGGGCUCUUCUGGGGCUCCUGUCCCAAACUCUGUGGACUGGAGAGCUAAGGGAUAUGUCACCAGUGUGAAGGACCAGGGCCAAUGUCUUUCGUGUUGGGCGUUCAGCGCCGUUGGGGCUCUUGAAGGUCAGCUGAUGAAGACCACAGGAAAGCUGGUCGACCUCAGUCCUCAGAAUCUAGUGGACUGUGCCCCCAGUUAUCAAAACAAGGGCUGCAAUACUGGUUCAAUGACUAAAGCCUUCGAAUAUGUUAUUAAUAAUGGGGGAAUAAACUCUGAGUCGUUUUACCCUUAUAAAGGAGUGCAAGGACCAUGCAGAUACAAUCCAUCCAAGCGUGCAGCAAAAUGCACCAACUACUAUAUUGUCCGUCAAGGAGAUGAGGAGGCCCUGAAGCAGGCUGUUGCUAACACUGGACCUAUUUCAGUGGCCAUUGAUGCUUCCAGACCUCAGUUUCAGUUUUACCACAGUGGAGUUUACAAUGAUCCAUCCUACACCAACAAGUCAAACCAUGCAGUGCUGGUUGUGGGAUAUGGUGGGCAUGCUGGACAGGACUUUUGGCUGGUCAAAAACAGUUGGGGUAUCCAUUUUGGAAAUGGUGGCUACAUCCAUAUGGCCAGAAACCAGAACAACAUGUGUGGUAUCGCCUCAUAUGCCACCUAUCCGGUUAUGUAGCUGAAAUUUAUAAAUAUAUCAUAAUAACAUUGAAUUUUAAAUAUUUCUUUUUCUUUUUCUUUUUCUUUCUUUUUUAACUUGUAAAGCUUUACAUUUUUUUUCAACUGCUUACACAUUUUCAAAACUUUGCCCUUCUUUUUCAAAACUUUAUACACAAAAUGCAAAAUGACUCACAUCUCUUGCAAAAUGAAGCACUGUAUUCAAAAGUUCACAAAAUCAAACAUUUGUCUUAAGUUGCAAACACUUUUGCCAUAAUAAUAUGUAUAUUUCUGUACAAAAUUAAAAGUAAUUGGCUGAGAGAUGUUGAAAAAUUGAUGGUUAACAUGAAAGCAAGAUUGAAAACAAACUAUUUUUUAAUGACAGUUACUGUAUUGAAAUGCAGAAGGCUGCACUUCGUAUAUAUGCCAUUUAUCCAUUUAAAGAGUAUAAAUUUGCACAUUAUUGGGAUGCUGAUUGAAAGAGACAAUUAGAUUCACAGCUAAACAGUUACACUGACACAUUAAAACAUCAUUGUGAUAUAGAAAAAAAAAAAAAAAAUAUGGGCACAAGUGUGAAAAUACAAAAUUAGAAAUGUACCAAAGCCACUGAGAAAAACUGUAUAACCUGACCUGUGGCCUAUUUAUAGUCUUAUUCUAAAGUCGUAAUUGGUUGGUGUUAAGUAAAGCAAUGAGUGAAUUAGUGUGGCAUUUUAAAAGGUUGUGCUUAAAAAAGAAAAUCAAGAUACUUCCUGUUAGAUUCUUGUGUGUUACAUAAAGAACUGUGUGUUGUCUGUUGCAAAAAGUGUUUUAAAAAGUAAAGAUUUUGUAAGCAGUUGAAAAAAAACUAAAAAAGGAAAUAUGCAUUCCCUCUAUUCAGUAUUUUACAAAUGACUUGAUUUUAUUCAGCACAACAUCACAACGAACAGUUUUACAUGAGGUAUUAAAGGAUUUUUCAAUUAGCCACAUUCAUAAGGUAACAAGGGAGAGAAUGGCAUGUGAAGGAAAAUUUUAACUUCUUUUAACUUCUAACCUUUAGUAGUGUUGCAAUCUUGAAACAUGGACAAGCCAUCUGUCUGAAAAUAGUAAUCUCAUUAUUUGGGGAACAAGCUGAUUUACCAUACAAGUUAACCAAUUAUAUUAGAGGAGAAUGAUGUAAUGUGAAAUGCUGAUAUCUUUGCUAUGUACUUUUCCUAUAUAAACUGUUGUAUCCUUAUUGCUGGGGGAUUCUUUGUGAUUGGUGUGAGGUCCUCCCAGCCAUUAUUAAAGCAUAUUCA